UACAGAGCACUACGUAUAUUAUUACCACAAAAGACCUCUAUAAAUACUUGAUAAUAUUCCCUUGCUGACUCAGUACUAAUUUUGAACUUUUGUAGAGUUUACCUCAAUCAACCUCAAAAUGAAGGCAUUUCUGCUCCUACUUACCGUUGCUACAUCUUGCUCGGGAACUGUAUUUAACAUAAGUGGCGAAGCUGUACUUAAAUAUGUCGACGAUGCCAAAUAUUUAGUUUAUGAAACAAAUGACGGAUUUUACGAAGUCGAAGAUCUUUCCGCACCUGAUUCAGAACUUUCCGUACUUUCCGCAACUGAAUCAGAUAUAACGUUCCAUUUCUUCUCACAAUCGAAUCACAAUGGUGUGCAAAUCAAGAAAAGUCAGCUACGUAACAUUGUCCGACUUACAGGAUUUAAUGUAAGCAUUGAAACUCUAGUUGUCAUUCACGGAUGGAAAAACGAUCACACAUCAGCUGUCAAUGAUCAAAUCAAAAACGCAGUUUUGCAAAACAACAAUAUCAAUGUUAUUGUAGUUGAUUGGAAUCCAAUUGCGAGGCAGAAAUACAUUAGAGCUCGACGUGCCGUUGUAAGAGUCGGAAACUACAAGGAAACUUUUUUGAUCAGAUUGGAUAACGAACUUCAACACAGAUUGAAGAAAGUAUCCAUCGUUGGACAUUCCCUGGGAGCUCACGUUGCUGGAAAUGCUGGAGCUAGAACUGGUGGUUUAGUAGAAAACAUUAUUGGACUGGAUCCUGCAGGACCUUUUACUAGAAGAAAUAUAAAUAAUCGUUUAGACCCUACCGAUGCCCGUUACGUUCAAGUCAUCCACACCAAUGACGGGCGUUUAGGAUUUGGAGUUAAAUCGGGACACGUUGAUUAUUAUCCUAAUGGCGGUAGAUCUCAACCGGGAUGUGGCACGGACUUACUUGGAAGAUGUGCGCACAGAAGAGCAUACAAUUACUACGCAGAAAGCAUAAACAAUAACAAAUUCAUGUCUCGAUUGUGCUCAAAAUACUCCUCCUUUACCUCUAACAGAUGCAAUUCCAACAGAGCAAGUCUUAUGGGAGGUUUUCCAAUUUCCAGAUCGGCUAAUGGAAACUACUACCUUCGUACAAACUCCAAGCCCCUAUUUGCUAGAGGUUAACUGAUAAACACCAGUGUAUUGAUGAAAUAUGUAUAUAUGUAUAAAAUAGUUAAGUAUUAAACGUAACCUGCAUAAAUUUA